CCCCUGCAGCACGCUGGAUUUGUAUUGAAAUAUUCUCAAACACAAGGCAGAGUAUAAUACACACUUCAAGAGUGAGUUUACUACGGCAGCAGUGCCCCUACACUCCGGCAGCGUUCAUAUAAAACACAAGGCAUAGUACAAUGUGUUUUGCUUAGUAUGUGUCGCGGUAAAAGAGGUCGAGCAGCAUUUUAUCCAUUUAGCGGCUUACCGGUACCUGAGCACGAUUACCGUGGACAGUGAUGGAAAUAAUCUGAAAUUCGACUGGAAAUUGAUUUUAUCGCCUUAGACUGAUUUUUUUCUUGGCUUGCCGGUAAGUUUUUUGUGGUAUUUCUUGCACCAGGUGUUAAAUUUUGCCUUCGCGUGUGAGUGGUGUGUACAUAGACGUACACGAUGGAGAACGAAAAGGGGUUAACCGCUCUCCAUGCAUCUGCCUUCGGAUUGAAUUUGAUCACCUGUACAAAGACAAUGUCGGCCACCUACUCGGCGAUACAUCACAAUGAACACGACCGACUUUACUCUUCGCAUUCCGACAACGAUGUUCUAAGCGAGACUGAAAUGUGGGCUGUCAUAGAACGUGAUAUUGGAGCCUUACCUCUCUACCUCAAAAAUAUUUUAAGCAUAAACGGUUACAAUCACCUCCUAAGCCUAGAAGAGCUAGACGAAACUUCUAUACAGGAAGUUGAGAAAUUCGCUCGGGAAAAUAUGAAAAACUACGUACCCAACACCGAAGCAUAUUUUUACAUUUUCAAGAAGAAUCCAGCCGACUUCCGCAUAGUAUCUGGUCACCGUAAAUUAUUGUUAAAACUUCGCGAACGUAUAAGACAAAAUGGUGUUCACUAUUACACGCAACUGAAAGUUCCUGUUAUAAAAAUGAUGGCUGAUUUCUACAAUGACGAAGAAUUGAAUUCUCAAUCUGAACCGCCGCAAAUUAAACCCCCACUUGAUCAAUCAAUAGAGCCAACGUUAGCACCACCACCCUCAAUCACAUUGACUCCUAUUGAUCCACCAGAAGAAACGACGAUUAAACGGAGACGAAAACAGAAUACGAUCCCAGACAUCUAUAAUGAAGAGGAUAAAAUUCGACUCCUAGUUUAUAAUUGGUACCACAAAUAUACCGAGGAGGAAUUAGACAUGCCAUCGAUUGGAGCAGCAGUUUGUGAUAGCGAAGAGAAAACGUAUGGUGUGGUGGCAUGUCCGCUUUGUGCCAUCCAUGUGAAAAUCGGGGCUGAAAGAAAUAAAAACGGUUCGAAUCGAUGGAUCAUAUCAAACUAUGUUAAACAUUUCCAGAAGCACCAUCCCGCUAGUUUUAAGCAAGACAGAGGUUUCAAAAUUGAAAUUUGCUAAUAAGAUAAAGAUCCUUGUUUAUAUAUUUUUCCAUGUCAAACAUUGCAAACAUUCAUUAAAUUUUUUUACAAAAAAAGACAAAUACAUUAUUUUUUAAGCAGA